AUCUUUGAGUAUAUCACAAAUAUUUUGAACUUUGAACAAUUCCGAUAAAAAAUCGUAAUGGUGUUGUCGCCAAGCGGAGUAGUCAGUCUUCAACUGCACCACGUGGAAACUGCGAAAUAUCUCAAUAAUGGCUUAUUCCAUAACAGAAAGAGGCGCUCCCUAUUCACCAGAUUACAGAGUCUACUUCGUAAACCACGACGGUCCAAUCUCACCUUGGCACGACAUCCCCUUGCAUGCGAAUCCCCAGAAUAACACCUUCAACAUGGUGAUCGAGAUCCCCAGGUGGUCGAACGCCAAAAUGGAAAUCUCUCGGGAAGAACCUCUGAACCCGAUCAAGCAGGACAUCAAGAAAGAUAUGCCGAGAUUCGUCAAGAACUGUUUUCCUUAUCACGGAUACAUCUGGAACUACGGAGCCCUACCGCAGACCUGGGAAGAUCCAGGGCACGUGGACAGCUUCACCAAGUGCAAGGGGGACAACGACCCCUUGGACAUAAUUGAAAUCGGACAGAGGAUUGCGAGACUAGGGGAAGUAGUGGAGGUCAAGGUCCUGGGGGCCAUAGCUUUAAUUGAUGAAGGUGAGACAGACUGGAAGGUAAUCGCUAUUAACGUGAGGGAUCCCCUCGCUGAGAAACUCCACGACAUGUCUGAUGUGGAUGCCUAUUGUCCAGGGCUGCUCAAAGCGACCAUUGACUGGUUCAGGAUUUAUAAAAUGCCAGACGGUAAACCAGCUAAUCAGUUUGCUUUCGAUGGGCAGGCUAAACCUGCUGCAUUUGCUCGUAAGAUAAUCGAAGAAGCUCACCAGUUUUGGGGCCAGCUUUUCACCACUCCCACUAAGAACAUUUCUUGCAUCAACACCACGUUAGAAGGGAACGAGUUGAAAAUCAGUGAUGGCAAUGCAUGGAAGCUGUUGGAGAACACCCAGUGUUACAUGCCGCCGUGGCCAAUUCCACAUGAGGUGGACAUGAUUCAUUACGUGAAAGGUUGGGAUUGUAAAUUGUGAUAAUUGUUAUUGUUUUUUUAGUUUUUGCUACCUGCCUACUGUGAUACUGCUUUUCAAGAGAUUCAAAUUGUAAAAAAUUCGUUGAGUAAUU